ACAGCAAAACACGCCCACCUCUUUAGGACUUCCGUAUUCAUCUAUCGCCGAGCUAGUAAUUGUGAUCUAUGGUAUUACCAUUGCAGCGGUUCUUCUGCCUUCCUUAAACAACUUCCGGUUUCAUAAGUGACGAGAUCUUGUUUGAUGGUCUUUGUUUAUUUUGUAUUUCUUGUACGAGGAUUUCCUUACUCCAAAAUUUUGAUACAGGUUGGCUUAAAGAGUGAAGUGUGAGCGCAAAAGACCCCAGGAUAGCAGGUAACAAGCACUAUGUCCCAAAACCAGAAGGACCUGCUAGGUCUGGGUCGCCUUGAAUACCUGCAAGCCCUAGUCACUGAGUUCCAGGUGACCGAGAGCUCUGAAGCCAAGGAGCAGGUGCUGGCCAAUCUAGCAAACUUUGCUUACGAUCCCAAGAACUAUGAAUAUCUGCGGCAGCUCAGAGUCUUGGACCUGUUCCUGGAUAUGCUGACAGAGGACAAUGAAACCCUUGUAGAAUUUGCACUUGGUGGCCUUUGUAACCUCUGCCUGGACAAAAUCAACAAAGACUAUAUCUUGGAGGCAAAUGGUGUAGCAGCUGUAGUCAGUUCCCUCUCCAGCUCCAAUGAGGAGACCGUGAUGUCUGCGGUCACUACUCUAAUGUACUUGACCACCCCCCAGUCUCGCCAACAGAUCACAGCUCUUCCCGUGGUCGAGUGCAUGCUGCGUUUCUCCCUCUCAGCUAACCGGAGGCUACAAAACCUGGCCACUGUCUUCCUUGAAGAUUACUGCACUCCUCUUCAGAUAGAGGAGGCCAGGAAUCUGACUAAGCACACGGCUUUAGGGAUCCCGCUGCCAAAGGAUUAAUGCAGCUCAGUGAGCAGCCAGAAAGAUUUUCCUUGCAUGAGAAGCAACACUUUUUCAUGUUGGGGGAAAAACUGUCUCUAAGGUGAGAAAACUGUUCCAGAAACUUUGCUUUAAAAAUGAUUGUUGGGGAACUAUGAAGCACUGCAGGGCAGACACCUGACACAGUUAUUUUAGGGGUUCCUGAAGUAUUUUGGCACCCAGUUGCAUCCACAGAGCAAUCUAAACUGACCUUAACACUGGGCUGAACUGGGGGUUGGAUUUGGUGGAGGUGUCCUCUGCCCAGUUCUCCUGGCUAAGCCAGACUUCUCUCUAUCAGGUGGGUAGCCCACCGGUAGGAGCUAACACAAAGCCCUGAAAUGAAGCAUUUCCAAGGUUGAGGAGGGGGCAGGGCUGAGCCAGCCCAGGAUCCACUGGAUCCUAAGCCAGUCUCACAUUAUCAUGCAGUGGCAUCAGGGUUAAUCUGGGCCAAAUGCUGUACCAGCCUGCAGCUAGCACAGUGAGUGGUUCUAGGUCAGACCUGACCCCCCCCCCCGCCACAGUAAGCGGCAGGGCUAUAGAUGGAGCAGUGGCCCCAACCAUUCUACAAAGCGUUGCUGGCAGGGGUGAGAAUUUGGACUGGACCUUAAGUAUGUCCUUCAUUCUAUUGGAAUGAAAGUGGAACUCCUUGCCAAUAGAAAUUUGGCAGGAGUCAUCCCUGCUUUCUUUCAGAUGUCUUUUAAAAAUGUAUUGUUCAGACAUGCCUUUGACAUGUGAUUUUUUAACCAUCCAGUUUUUAUUAAAAUGUUGAUGGUUUUACUAUUGUAUAUUAUUUUAUGUUGUACACUGCCUUGCUAUAUUUUCUGUGACCUUGUGGUUUAUAAGAAUGCAAAUAACAAUAAAAAACUCAUCUGGAGAUGUAAAUAACUGCCAGAGGGCCCUAAUAGCUAU